AUGAAAACCUCGGCAUGGAAUAAUAUAUCAAGAUUUAUAACAGACAAAGAACGUCUGGUCGUUCUAAAAAUUGAUUUUCUGCUAUUGACAUGGGCAUUCGUUUCUGGCCUCACUAAGGAUAUGGAUCAGUCCGCAACUACUCAAGCAUAUGUUUCCGGGAUGAAGGAGUCGCUGGGCCUUUACGGCAACGAGUUAGUGGAAUUUACGACAUUCUUUUCUAUCGGCUACGCGAUCGCAAUCGUGCCGUCGCAAUUGACGCAAACUAAGAUCAGGCCGUCGAUAUGGCUGCCAACUUGCGAAAUCAUCUGGGGUGCACUAAAUUUGGCUACAUUUGCCGCCAAAAAUGCAAAAACGGUUUAUGCGUUGAGAUUCUUUCUAGGGGUUUUCGAGUCUACAUCAUGGCCCGGUCUUGCCAGCCUGCUAUUCAACUGGUACACUCCUCGAGAAUUGGGAACACGUCUAGCAAUUUUCGGCGUCAGCGGCACUGCAGGAAAUAUGUUCCUAGGCAUCCUACAGGCAGCUUUAUACAAGAACCUAGACGGCGCAGGCGGCCUACACGGAUGGCAAUGGCUGUUUAUAGUUACAGGCUGCAUAACGAUGGCAUGGGGCAUGCUCGGGCUCCUGAUUAUCCCCGACUCUCCAAGCAUCACCCGGGCGUUAUGGUUGACCAAAUCCGAGCGCAAAGUCGCUGUAGAGCGCAUGAAGAACUGUGGUAUCAAGACGAAUGAACUUGUUAAUCGGCAAGUUGUGCUGAAGAAGAUUCGUGCCCUUUUGAAAUCCCCCUUGAGCUGGUUGUACAUCGCUGCAUACCUUCAGUAUGCAUGGAGUCAGAGAUGUAACUCUUACUUUUUAUUAUAUUUAAAGGGCCUGAAAAAUAGUGAUGGCAAACAGCUAUACAGCACGUACACUGUCAAUCUCAUUCCGUUGGGUGGAUACGCAAUCUCAAUUGUUACCAACAUUGGUCUCAACUUCCUGAGUGACAGGAAACAAUGGCGAUGGCAAGUGGCCAUCGGUACAGCUCUAUUACAAGUACUCUGUUGUUCGGUCUUAUCCGUCUGGCCUGAUUCCACGCCUACAGUCAUGGCCUUCUACUUCAUGACCUUUGCUACCAGCGCAUGGGGAUAUGCGCUGCUAGCCUGGAUCGGUGAAAUCCUUCGCAAAGAGCCUGAAGUGAGAUCUAUUCUUGUAGCUCUGACUGUUACGUUUGUCUACGUCGGUCAUGCGACAAUUCCACUCCGCAUUUGGAGAACGUCAGAUAGUCCGCGGUAUCCUGUUGGAUUUCCAUUGUCAGCUACCUGGGCCGCUGGAAGUAUUCUUUCAAUGCUGUGCAUCGAACUUUAUAUAAGAAGGUAA